AUGUCAGUUGAAGAUGAGAGAGAUCCUCUUCUUGCAGCCCUUGAAGAUGAUGAUGAGUCUUUGGGUGCUAAUACUACUGCAGAUGCCACUGCCCCAGUUGACCCAGAACGUGAAAAGGCUCUGGAUGGGUUCAAGCGUAAGCUAAAAGAACAUCGUGAAUGGGAUGCUAAGCUUAAAGAAAUGCGAUUGACCAUUAAGGAUCUUGACAAGGAAUAUGAAAAGACAGAAGAUGACCUCAAAGCAUUACAAAGUCUGGGUCAAAUCAUUGGUGAAGUCCUUAAGCAACUGGAUGAAGAGAGAUUCAUUGUCAAAUCUUCAAACGGCCCACGAUACAUUGUGGGAUGCCGCAAUAGCAUUAAAAAGGAAAGCCUCAAGCAAGGUGUACGGGUGGCGCUCGACAUGACAACGCUUACAAUAAUGCGUAUUCUUCCACGCGAAGUGGACCCACUGGUUUAUAACAUGACUACAUUUGAGCCUGGAAGUCUGACAUUUGGUGGCAUUGGUGGUCUCAAUGAACAAAUUCGUGAAUUGCGUGAAGUAAUUGAACUGCCGCUUAAAAACCCAGAACUGUUUCAGCGUGUAGGAAUCAACCCUCCAAAGGGUGUUUUGCUCUACGGCCCCCCUGGUACAGGUAAAACUUUGCUGGCAAAGGCUGUUGCUGCAACUAUUGGUGCCAACUUUAUCUUUUCACCUGCUUCGGCCAUUGUCGAUAAGUAUAUUGGUGAGUCUGCGCGUGUUAUUCGUGAAAUGUUUGGAUAUGCCAAAGAACAUGCACCCUGUAUCAUCUUUAUGGAUGAGGUCGAUGCCAUUGGUGGUCGCAGAUUUAGCGAAGGUACCUCUGCAGACCGUGAAAUUCAACGUACACUGAUGGAACUGUUGAACCAAAUGGAUGGAUUUGAUUACUUGGGACAGACAAAAGUCAUCAUGGCCACAAAUAGACCCGAUACGCUGGACCCUGCACUGCUACGUGCUGGACGUCUCGACCGCAAGAUUGAGAUUCCAUUGCCUAAUGAGAUUGGGCGCUUGGAGAUUUUCAAGAUCCAUUCGGCCAAUGUCCAGAAACAAGGUGAGUUUGACUACGAAGCACUCGUCAAGCUAAGUGAUGGUUUCAAUGGUGCAGAUAUCAGAAACGUGGUGACAGAAGCUGGGUUCUUUGCAAUUCGAGACGAUCGUGACUACAUUGUACAGAAUGACAUGAUGAAGGCUGUUCGCAAGGUGGCCGAAGCCAAGAAGCUUGAAGGCUUGGUAGAAGAACCGCUUAUCAUUAAGCGUACCAUCAAACCCUUGGACCAAUUGACCAACGAAGCCAGAAGUAGGAAAAUAGCUACCAGGAUCCGUGCAGUUGCUGUAUUUGUGGCAGCAGCUCUUGUCAUGGCUGCACGCGACCAUCCCUGGCCAGUCCUAGGUAUCGCUGGAACCGUGGCAUCGUAUGUGGUUGUUGCUGCGUGGGUAAACACUACAGCACGCGCUGCGGUGGGUGCAGUGACAUGGGCUGCCGGUUCAUCCACUUCGACUGUAUCAGUGUCCAAGGUAGGUAAUGGUAGUGGUAAUGGUAGUGGUCAUGGUAGUAGUCAUUCUCAUGGUCAUGGUUAUGGUCAUUCCCAUGAGCACGGUGUGCAAAGUUCCGAUAGUAGGGAUUGUGGUCACCAGCACAAUGGAUUCCGUGGAACAAUGGGCUCGGGACCAUCGCUCAUGUGCUUCUAUUGCUUAUUACGCAAUACACACGUGAGUGACGUUCGACACGCGUUAGGCCGUCGUCUUGUGCACGGACACACAGGACGUUUAUUUUCCGUGGUUUCUCAGGUUCAUGAACGUGUUCGGGUAUUUGCGCAAGGAUCAAGGAUGAUCCGCCCGGAAACAUUUGUGCUCAGCGUUUCGUGCUCAACUACUAAUGCACUAUUUGCACUUUCUUAUUUCAUGCGACAUUUGGACGAUGAUACUCCAGUCCUGGGUGAUGUGACUGCCUUUGAAAUCAAACUUUGGGCUUGCUUUGCAGCUUUGGUUACAUGUGUCAACUCUGUGCUUUACAUAGUCACCCUUUGGCCCACUCUUUGCUCAGAUCUCUGGGCUAUUUUUGGAUCAUCUUUCCACUCAAAUCUAUUAUCAUCAUCAUCAUCAUCAUUAUCAUACUCACCAAUCUAUACCCUUGGUUUUGGUGAAUGCAACUCUCCUAAUGAUUCUUUAAAAAAUUCCCCUGACCAAAAAUACCCUUCUCCACCUUGUCGUGAUACCAUUCCUGGCUCAUUUCCUGUAGUUAUUACCUCCUUUUUCUUAUCUCCAGAACCCCCCAGUAGUCCAUUAACUCCCACCCAAACCCAUUCUUGUUCACCUCGUUUGUCUUGUCCAAGUGUUUCCGUAAACAACCGAAAUAAUUUUGUUUAUGAUCGUGUAGCUCUGCGUGCACUUCGGUUCCAACAUGAUGCUCGCCGCGUCUCGUUCCCUGGAGUCCCCCAUUUUACCCCGUUUGCACGACUAGAAGAUAUCGGUUUAUACAUGGAUGUUAAGAUUCAAAAAUUCCCCAUGCAAAAGUUCCAUUCUGCAGCCCAGUUUGAUUCCUUUAUUGAGGAAAUUGUGGCCACCGUGAGUCCCAUUUUGGAUUUCAAGCAUGGUCAUGAGAAUCAUGACGGAUCAACAACAACAACAACAACAUUGUUUAACGAUAAAGAUAACACUGUUGAAGGAUAUGUCAUGGUGAACCCGACUAAAAAAGCAAACAAUUCAAUAAAAACCUUUUGCAAUGAUGACCCCUCCACUACAAAAUGCCAAAAAUGUCCCCACUGUCAUGCCCAAACAGACCUCGGCAUAAGCACCGACGACUACACUUCGGUCCGCGUGAUGUCGCCUGGUCUCGGCCUGCGCAACCACCACCACCACCACCACAACAACAACAACAACAACAACAAUCAGGCCUCUUUUUUUUCAACUGACCUGUCCUUGUCGCCACCUGUGGUCGAGGGUCUUGGGGUUGCAGGGCUUUUGGAUCGUGAGGAGAGUGUUUUGUUAACCAUUUGUUUGGCGCGGCUGCGUGCGGCUCUCCGUGGUGUGUGCUCAAACCUGGAGUCUGAAAAGAAAAAGAACAACAACAACACCGGCAAUAACAAUGAUGAGAAUCACAAGGAAGCCCUGCGUAGAAGACGUAUCUUGACGUGUCUUGGACUCAAGUGUGUGCUUUCGCGGGGGCGUUUAUUUGCAGCUUUUGCUGAGAGCCGUAAUGCUUCACUCAGCGUACUUCAUUUCUUUAUGGACCUACUUGCGUUUGGUGCUCCCGAAGCCAUUUAUUCAAGUCCCUCUGGAACUUUUGCUUCUUCCUCAGGUAAUUAUUGUGCGUGUGGUUUAUGUGAAGGCCAUCCUCAAGUUAAUGUUACACAAGUAGAACUCGACUCUGAAACUGGAUCCACAGACUCACCAGUCACACCGGAUACGCUCCGGAAUAAUGACACCAGUGUCCCGCCAUUUGUACCAUCUACAAAUGUCCAGCUUCUCAAACUAGUAUACGAUUUUUAUAUUUUACGGCUCCAUCAAACCCGCCGCGCUCAUUACCAAACCCUUUUGCGCAUCGUCCCUUGUGCAGUCUCUUCCUCCUCCACCUCCACCUCCACCUCCACUUCCACCUCCUACUUGUCGGGUUACUGCCCUACAAAUACUACCAUGACCACUUCUAAUAGCUACGAUGAACCAACGUAUCGAUAUAUUAUGCUUCUGCGCUCUAUGCUUGAUACAGUAUCUGCUGUGCUUUGUCUACAACUUCCUCAGGGUCCACGUGAUGCUGCUGUAGUAUUGCGAUUUGCCCAUAACAUUUGGAGCCAGGCCCAUUUGUCAAAGUCUGCCAAAAAUAGUUCUGUCUACAUGCUUUUUGUAGCCAUGGCUCUUGUCCACCGGCCAUUGCUUAAAAACUAUGCACUACUUGAAAACCAAUUUGUUGACAUUUGUGCGCGUGCACUGCAGUAUCGUGUGGCGGAUGUCCGACUCCAUGUGCGUCGCAACUAUUGGCUUGUGAGAACGGUACAUCCAGACUUGCAUGAAAAGAUUCAGCAUGCCAUUAAAGAGUCCAAUAAAAGAAGAGUAUAA